GCCUUUUACCAAGGUACCUUUCCUCUCAAGGUUGUCUGGCAUCGAUUUGAGGUGCACGCAUGCACGCGCGUUUUGUCAACCGUCUAAGAAGCGUCACCGAAGCCUGAGAACGCACAAGAAACAGAAUUGUUUCCGCUUAGAAAAACGCUAAUUCAUUCAGGUAUGACCGGGCAGCCUCGCCUUGUCAUUCGGUUGUGUCUAGCUCCUUUCUAAAGUUCGUUUAUCCUCAGAGCGGCUGUCACUAGACCGGAGACGGCGCACGGGUGGCGGCUGCAGAACAAGACACGCGACUUGUCGGAAGCGUUUCAGAGUUUUCACCCUUCACUUUGGUCUUUCGGCGACGGAGGAGUUUCUUCAGAUGCUUCAAACUGCGCGGAAAAAUGCGGAUGGUCUUGCAGCGAGUCGAGAGCGCCUGCGUGCAGGUGGUCGAAACAGGCGAACUUGCGGGGAAGAUCGGUCGCGGCAUUGUCUGUCUCCUCGGGAUCAGCGGCGAAGACAAGUGGGAGGAUGCCGACUACUGCAUUCGAAAGUGCUUGAAGUCGAGACUCUGGGACGAUGUGAAGGACCCCUCCAAAAGCUGGGCCUCUUGCGUCGUCGACAGAGAUUACGAGGUGCUCGUCGUUUCUCAGUUUACCCUUAUGGGGCAUCUGAAAAAAGGGAACAAACCUGAUUUCCAUGCAGCCAUGAGUCCUGACCAAGCUCGUAGCCUGUUCGAGAAGGUCGUGGCGGAGAUGAGGCGACAAUACAAACCAGAAAAAAUUCAAACUGGGAAAUUCCAAAACUACAUGCGCGUCGAACUAGUCAACGACGGACCGGUGACGAUCCUUGUGGACUCCACGCAAGCGCAGCUCCCGAAAAUCAAAGAAAGAAAACUGCCGCCUAAAGGGUCUUCAAGAGAUGCGGUCGCCCAGGAGGCGCACAACUCUUCUCCGCCUUCUUCUGCCUGUCUCACUGCACAUGCUACAACGGGAGAGGGGAAGAAUGAAGAGAAACAGGAGAUCAAAACCAAGAGGGCCGAUACACUAAAUGGAAGAGAGGAGAGUGAGGCGUGAGAAUCGAAAGAGGAACCCAUAACAUGAACUAAAAUAUUCAUAAGCUUUUAAUCCUUUAUUAAAACUUGCCUUUAUAGGCCUUCCUCCAUAACGAAUCGGUUCCUUCUUCAACAGGCAAAUAGUUAGGUUCAUAUAACCUUCUCUUUGAAAGAAAUUAUGUUAAAGAACUUUCUAAUAAAGAAAGUUUUAAAUUUUUUUUAAAAAAACGAUAGAGACGGGGAAUGUUUUCUUCUCCCGUGUUCUCUCUUUCCGUGUCUCUCUCUCGGACGCUCUGGCGAGCAACUGGUCUCUGCUUCCCUCUGUCCUCAUCUGUCGUGUAUCGCGAACCUGUCUCUCCUUUUUUCGUCGUUCGUUUCCAGAUGUUCUUCUGACUUCUUUGUCUCUCACUAUAGUUUCGUAGUCUCUGCUUCUGCCUCAGCCUUUGUUUUGCUCCUUUCUCUCGGGGUUCUCGGCCUUCAUCUGUGAAACUUUCUCAGUCGCUUUCUCGUCUGCUCUGUGGAUCUCUCCUCGCCUCGGCUGCGGCAGGCUGAGCAUCAAACGCGCGUUUCCAGUGACUCUGGCUUCCCUUCUUCUCGCUGUGUAAAAGAGACAAAGCUUUUCUUGUUUCGGGAUUUGGCUGACAUUUCGUGUCUCUACGCUUCAUUCGGUUCCCUCGCGUUCGUUUUCGGGGAACUCGCCUCUCCAGGAGACAGUCGAGUAGCACUGAGACCACAGGAAGGAGAUGUCUGCCACUAUGAAAAGGACUUGGAUGCAGGACGCAAACGCCACGAAGGGAAGGAUUCUGUCGCAACUCAAUGCGGCAGAGAGUUAAGCAAGCGAGCGUUGAAACGGACUGUGUUGUCGCUGAUGCAAAUGCCCUUUUCUGGGUUGUACUUACAGCGGGUUCGACUGUCAGGCGGCCGUCGUGUUUGUGUAUUACCGACUGUGAGUUCUCUUGUGCGUUCCAUGAUUCAACAUAUUUCUUUGACGGACGUACAGACCUUUUUCGCUUCGACAGGUGACUGCUUACGCUCCGGAAACGUCGAAGCUCGGUCUUGGCAUUCAAACAGAAAAUAG